GCUGCGACCACCGCGCCAACGCACUGCACCGCACUACGACUCGUCUGUCGACCCUGCAACCUGGGCCUGUAUGAAGCUCUGUCGCAAGCGAACAUUUCCUCCACUCUACCUACCUACCGCUGGCGACCAGGAUCGCUCCAUUGCGCAAUUGACACAUCACGCCCAUUUUCGCCCUGUCGAAGAACCUCGCCGUCGCCCUUGAUCACACGUGGACUCGAGCGAGAGAAAACGACACCCACCUUAGCUAAGGGAGGACAACAUAAACGUCACUCAGCCUAUAGCACCUGCCUUGUCGUCAUCGCCGAAUCCGUGCUUCCUUCCAUACCUCCCUCCCUCACCUUAGGCACCAUACCGACCACAGCCUUUUUCCAUCUUCGCACAACAGCGAAUCCAGUUCAUUGCGUGCCAGAGAGAGAUCUUCUCGGCAGAGCACAUAAAUCAAGAAAGAGGGCGUUAUACUCUGUUGUCACCGGAACCAGAGGUAAGAUUGAACUUUUCCGUGCUCCCCAUGGCUACCCCCCAUCUUGUACUUUUUCAGAAAGGGCGCCCACGAAUUUGCCCAAAUUACGUCAAAGCACCCCCACCUCAAAGCCCCUCAUCCCGACAAAGCUUGUCACCUCACCUGGGACUGGGACUCACACUCAACUGCGGCUUGGGCCUUUAAUUCAUCCCACCACCACCCCGCGAUUCGCAACAAAAAAGGAGAAAAAAAAUUACCUGGACCUGAACCAGCCCCCGGGCGAAGCCCUAGCAACGGAUCGCAGCCGCUGUCCCUUGUCAUCGAUCUCACCCAUCCUUUCCUUGUCACACUGGUAGUCUCAACACCCUCGUCCUCGAACCCCAAACAUCAAUCGCAACGCGCGAGAACCCUUUGCUAGUCGAUCCUAGUCGAACAAAAGCAGCCAUCGCUCAUCGCACCCCGGCCCAUCGAGACAAGGUAGCUAAAGCAACAACAACAACAACCACCUAGUGGCGGUAGCCUGCGUCUAGCAUCUUCCCAUUCAUCUCGCAUCACAUCGUGCGCGCGCGCGCAUCCUCGAGUCCACCGUCCACAAUCCACACGUCGCGCGCCAGCUUUUUGGGCACUCGUGCAGCAACACCAAGGCACUGCAUCCAGUCACCGGCCGGCCCUCAUACCCCAUUCCCAUAGGCUUGCACCCAAGCUGUCCCCCUGGAUCCACCUUCCUGACGAGUCUUGUGUCUUUACAUCCCCGUUUGGGUAUUCUAAUCAUUCUUGUUCGUCACAGGUCUCUCCUCCUCCCUCCCAGUGCACACCGUACGCAGUACAGCCUCCCGUCGCUCCUCUUUACCCCCCUCCUCCACCCGUGUGUCCCCGUCUUCCAACCACUGUAAACGACGCCGCCUCCCCCUUCCAGCUCAGCCACGGAUCAUACCCGUGACCCCCCUCAUCGAGAAGACGAAACCCCACGAUAAGACAGGCGACCACAAACAUCAUAAUGCCUGCCGCUGAAGUUGCCAACAGUGACGAUGGGUCUCGUGACGAUGCCCCUUCUGACGUUGUCGGUCUCGAGGACCUAGGUGACGCUGUCGACAUGGCGACCUUCAAUCAGAUUCUCGAAAUGGACGAACCAGGAGAGUGCGAGUUCAGCCAGUCCAUCGUCGAAGGAUUUUUCGAGCAGGCGGAGGAGACCAUCACGUCGAUGAAAGAGGAACUGGAGAACAAGGAGUUGGAAAAGCUGUCUUCCUUGGGUCAUUUCCUCAAGGGCUCUUCGGCCACCCUUGGUCUGGUCAAGGUGCGAGACAACUGCGAAAAAAUUCAGCGGUUCGGCAAGAAGGAGAAGGAGGAUGGCUCCCCGCUGCUAGACGAGAAAGUGUGCCUCGAGAAAAUCGCAGAGACCCUCAAAACUCUCGAGACGGACUACGCCGACGUCGAGCAGGUGCUGAAGCAGUACUUCGAGGGGCGAGCCGCAGCAGAUUAA